UAUAGUAACGGCAGAAUAGCUAUGGCAGAGAUUGACCCAAACGAAGAGAAAUAUUAUUUAGAAUCGGAAAAUUACAGUGAUGAUUGUGAUGAAAAUUAUAAAUAUGAAGAGCUUUCCAUUAAUGAAGAUGCUAUAUCAUUAGGGAGUGAAGAUUUUAACACACUUUUGAAGUGUCUGAAAGUAGAAGAGAAAGAGAAGAUCAGUUCAGCAUCUAGUUUGACUGAACCACAAGAUGUUAGUGAAAGUCCAGAGGCAUCAGUCAAAGAAAUUCCUGAAACAGUGGAUGAUUUCAUUUGCAACUUUUUAGCACAGAUGAAAAUGAGGAAAACACUAAAUGCUUUCCAAACAGAAUGGUAUGAAAUGGAACAAAAGGGCAUGGUAUCAAAUGCUACUCCCUUUCUCCUACCAGAUGUUUACACCUCAAUUUUGCAAUUAGAAUCGCAAAUAAAACUACUCGAAAAAGAUUCUGCUGCUUUCAAAAAAGUAGCUCUAAAAGCUAAAGAGGCCUAUCUAAAAUUACAGAAACAGAGAGACUUCCAUCGAAUGAACCAUCAUCGAAUUGUUCAAGAAAGAGAUAAUCUUAUGAACGACAUCAGACGUCUUAAGAAGCAUUACAGUGCUUUUGAACCAACAUUGAAAGAGUUUAAAGAAAGAUACGAAUCUGCUAUGAAACACAAGAUGUUGACUAAGAUUGAGUUGGAACGAACUCAAACUCACUGUGAAGAACUGACACGAACGAUAAAGAAUUUAGACAUUAAACAUAAACCAGAGAAAAGAAUAUCUGAACCAUACAUAACUACACAUCCUUGUGGUAAAGGUAGAGUGAUAUUGGAUGAGAAAGGCAUGGGGCCAACACAAAGAAAACUGGCAGAAGAAAGGGAGAAGUCUUUUACUCGCAGCUUUACAAGAGAGCUUAAGAAGGACUCCAAAUUUCCAUCGGACAGAAGGAUAAACCCACUUUUGCUAAUGAAUAAGACUCUGAGCAGCUACCCUAUCCGAGCCGGUGGUUUCAAACUGACCAAAACCUAUAUUGGACAUAAAGAUGCUAUAAGCAGUGUGUGUCUCCAACCUAAGUCGAAGCUCCUCGCUACAGCCAGUGAUGAUAAGACCUGGAAAUUAUGGUCAAUGCCAGCAGGUGAAUUGAUAGUGACCGGUGAAGGACAUACUGAAUGGGUAGCAGACUGUGCAUUUAACGAUGAUGGAAACCAUCUGGCAACAUGUGGUGGAGACAAAACUGUGAAAAUCUGGGACUUUUCACACUACAAAUGCCAACAUACUUUUAAAGAACAUCAGCUCGGAGUUUGGAGUUGUUCUUGGCACUGGACUGGAGAUUUUGUAGCUUCAUCUUCCAGAGACAAUACUGGGAAAGUAUGGGAUUUGAACAGUAUGCGCUGUAGAUACACUCUGAGAGGCCACACAGAUUCAGUAAACAGCAUUAAAUUUGUGUACUACUCAAAUAUCCUUCUUACUAGCUCUACUGACAAAACAGUCUCACUUUGGGAUGCCAGGACAGGUCUCUGUGGACAAACAUUCUAUGGCCAUACAGCAGGUGUGAACCACGCUGUGAUUAAUCAAAAGGGUGAUACUGUUGCCUCUUGUGAUACACAAGGAAUUGUUAAACUCUGGGACACAAGAACUGUGGCACCAAUGAUCACAUUUGAAGCCGGAAGCUUUUCAGCGAAUAAACUUGCUUUUGACUACACAAGUUCUGUAGUUGCUAUAGCCUGUGAUGAUCACACUGUGAAGAUCUAUGAAAUUGCAUCAGGACAGCUGGUGUCUCUUAUAGGACAUGAUGAUGCUGUCCAAUGUGUGGAAUUUGAAUGCAGUGGACAAUACCUAGUGUCUGGUGGUAGUGACGCAAAAUUCCUGAUUACCUCCUUCUUUGUCUCAAAAUCUUUGUGACCAUUGAUCCAGCUGUUUGACUGUGAAGAGGGAACAGACAGACAGAUGGACAUUAUAGUAAGAUUCUCGUGUUACCCAAAUCACAAGGUUACUUGUGACUGUCUUUGGUUCCUAUAACUCAGAUGAGAGAUAAUUCUGCCCCAGGAUGCUAGUUGCUUUUGUCACCACAGGAAUUGAACUCAAGAGCUAGAACAUACAAAAGCAAUGAAAGCGGCACUAUUUGACUGAGUAUGAGAUACAAAACAGUCAAGGAUGGUGGCUAUUUACCACUAUUACCAAUCAGCUACCACUGUACAAUACAGACAACCCUGUUCCCUGGACCAACAAAUCUCAUAUGCUGAACAGAAUUUGUAGAGAAAAUGGACCAUCCAAUCUUGGUGACUUGUCUCUUGCACAACCAGAAAUAGUUACUGAAAUCAGAUUUUCUCACUUUAUCAUUUUUUACCAUGAUUUGUGGAAGGCUGUUGAAAUAGACAUCAAAGCCUACUCCUUGUAGUUCAUCACCCUUCUCAAACAACUUAUCAAAAUAUUGCAGAUAAAACUGCACAAAUCUACUUGCAAUCAGAUAUCACAUACCUCUAUGGUCUGUUAAACACCAUAUAAUGGUGACAUAGGUAUGUCAUGAUACCUUAAUGACACAGGCAUAUCAUGGCUCAGUUGUCAUGACAUGAUUGUUUCACUCUGACUCACUGAACACCUUUUGUAUAGUUUCACUUUAUCUUGGACAGCACAGCUUUGUGUUUAGCAUUGAAGACAUGAUCAAGUGCCAUUCUGACCAUUACCACUUGGACUAUAAGAUCCUUCCUAUCAGCUCCUGUUAAAUAAGCUAGUACCUCACCGCAUGUAAUGCUUUUCACUGAUUCUUCUUAAUCCUAUAACUCUUUGUGGAGCAUAUGACAUCAGUAAGAGAUCACCAUAUGUCUCAUUCUUUGGUAAGGGGUUGUAAUUGGCCCCAGGUGUAGCUGCCUGUCAGCACUUCAGUUUCUUAAUAGAUUCUUAAUUUUCCUUUUCAGGCCUACCCAUCAUCCAUUAGUUAUAAUUAUGCUUGUCAAUGACCAUUCAGUUAAUACUCUAAUCCAAUAAAUAUAUACUCUCCAUGCUUUAAAUGGCAUGUUCAGCUUUUAGUAACUGCUUCCUUUUCAAAAACUCCAAUCUACAUUGAGUAUACAUAUCAUAAACUCUUGUUUUGUGCAAUCAAAUACAUAAAAUAAGUAUACUACUUAUACUAACUCGGUCAGCUGUACUAACAAACAUUCUAAGUACAAUCUGGAUGGCCUAUUCUGAUUUUCCAAAGUCCGUGCACUGAAGUACAUGAAGAUAAUCCAUUCAUUCUCUGUCGAUGCACCUGAAAAUAUCUGAGUAGAUUUCAGUGACUUUUGCAACCCUCCAUUCUAAAUGCUUAUCUACCCAGCCCCAGUUGGUGUGGUCAGUAUUUAGAUGCCAUUCUACUACCCCUACUAAUACUAAUGAACAAAAUGUACUCAAAAGAUCUAAAUAAUUAUUGCUGUUGUUGUUAUUGUUGUAUAGCCCUAAUUCAGCGCUGAUCAUUCAGACCUAUGAUAAGAAAGCAUUCCAGUCAUAAUAAUCUCUUAUUUAUCUAUGAUUACAUUAUGUAAUGUGCCAUUUCACUUUUAAGACAUCAGGGUGCUUAUUUCUGAGAAAUUUGAUUGCUAUUUCUGGCAAAUUGGUUGACCAUGUAGAGGUUUUCACUUUGACUGUGAGUGGAUAAGGUCAGACUGACAAAUUUUAUUGAACAUUAUCUAACUAUCUCACUCAUUUAUUCAAGACAUAUAUCUUUGAAUUGAACAGAAUAUUCUGGAAAUGUCAAAAGUAAAAUAAAUAAAAUAUCACCACAGUUAAACUCUUGUAAAAAAAACA